GCCCAUGUUCAGCUGGUAUCUUUGGGCAGCUACUGUGGCCCGAAGCUGUCCUUCCAGAAGAUGGGUCGCGGUGCAGAGACCUUGCCCUUUGACUGGAUCCGCACCCGGAUGAGUGGAAUUCUUCGAUUACUGCGAAGCAACUUCGAGGGCUUCUACGAGUUCGUCACGCAGAUGAGGGUGCCGGACACAGGUCACAUGGUGAUGUUUCGUGGCUACUACCACUCCUUCUGGCACGACGACCCGACCGAGCCGAUGAUGCACGAGCGCUACAACCGCCGCAUAGCUCGGCUCUGGGAUAUCGAUUCGGAGGUUCGGCCGGUACUUUUUGUGCGCUCCAUCGUUUCGAACGAGGAAGUGCUUCAGAUCCCCGAGCUCAUGCAGCAGCUGCGACAGCAUUUCGGGCAGCACGCGCGGCUGCUGAUGGUUUUGGAGAGCCAGAGGCAAUUCACAGGCCCAGCGCUGGUGACGGAG